AUGGCAGCCAAUUAUUGGGCCUCAUCCCAAAAACAACACUGGCUUCUCGAUCGGUGGAAGUUGGCGAUCAGUCGAGAGCAAGAUUUGCAGCAUGUGUCGAGUGAAUCGGAUUACGUGAAACUCAAGAUCUGGUUUUGUCAUUUGAUACAACGACUUGCAAAGCGGUUGCAGCUACGCCAACAAGUGGUGGCGACAGCCUUUGUGUAUUUCAAACGUUUCUAUGCAAAUAAUAGUCUUCGAAAGACGGAUCCAGUGCUUGUCUUGGUGACAUGUGUAUACCUAGCAACGAAGAUUGAGGAGUGUCCUAUUCAUAUCAAAGUCGUUACCCAAGAAGCGAAGCAUCUUUUUCAACCUGAAUUUGGUGGAUUCCCCUAUGACAGUUCCAAGGUGGCCGAGUUUGAGUUUUAUUUGCUGGAAGAGCUUCAAUUCUAUCUUAUCGUUUGGCAUCCCUAUCGACCCCUUUUACAAAUAUGCGAAGAACUGGGAAUGCGUGAAUCCGGUAUCCAGUAUGCUUGGUUUAUUGUCAACGAUUCGUAUCGAACGGACGUGUGCCUACUUUAUCCACCUCACAUGAUUGCCCUUGCCGCCAUUUAUAUGACCGUGGUCCUUAAUCAUGCCGAUUUUGCACCAGGUUCAGCAGGAGAUCGUACCGAUAUGCGUCAAUGGUUUGCCGAUUUGAAUGUGGAUAUGGAAAGUAUCGUGGAGAUUGUCCAGGAUAUUCUCUCAAUCUAUGAAGUAUGGAAGGAUUGGAAAGAGGAUAAAAUGAUGCUGAUAUGGAAAGAGUUACGAUCCUAG